AUGACAACCUGGUUCCAAAAAGAGAUCGUGCUAUCAGCACCCAGCCGCGGCUUUCACUUGGUCACGCGCCAGGUUGAAAAGCAGGUGCCAGAGUUGUCACGUGUGAAAGUGGGUAUGGCAAAUCUAUUUAUCAAACACACUUCGGCAUCGCUAAGUAUCAACGAGAAUUGCGACCCGGACGUGCGACAAGAUAUGGAGGGAGCUUUCAAUCGUAUUGUUCCAGAGUCUUGGAAUAAAGAAUUUUUUCGUCACACGGAUGAAGGCGACGAUGACAUGCCAGGACACGUUAAGUCAACGCUGAUUGGGGCUUCUGUGAAUAUCCCGAUAACAAACGGCAAGUUUAAUUUGGGAACGUGGCAAGGUAUCUAUUUGUGUGAGCAUCGCAACAUUGGCGGCUGGGGCUCUGGCCAUCAGCGUAAAGUGGUCGUCACCAUCCAGGGUUCUACGACUUGA